GAAGCCAAGUCUACGUUUUUCACUCCCAGCUUUUGUUUGGACAAGAAGCGAGCUUCUUAUUAUUUUCUUUCCAUAUCUUGGUUUCGUGUAAUUAAGCUUCUGAAUAUUCUCUAUUUUGGGUUGUAGCUACUCAUUUUCAGUCAGUUAGGUGCAUUUGUUCAAAAGCAAGCUUGCUCAGCUCACCGGAUUAAGAAUAGCAGAACCUCUUUACCCGCUCGCUGAUACGUAAAAAGGCCAAGUUGAAUUGUUCUGCACCAGCUUGUUAGUGUUCUCUGCAGAAAAGGGUCUGAAGGGAAGAAUUGGGUAUUGCCCUCAGGGCUGCUAACCUUGUUUAACAUGGCAUUGUCGAGGCUUGCGAGGACUCACUCGAAACAGUCAGGAAAAGCCAUUAGCAAUUACUUGAAUGAGACGGGCAUUCUCUGUGAGGCAGCGCCAGCCAGAAAAUAUUACUUCUAUUCUGUCAGCAAUUUUGCAGACAGUGGUAAUCUCAAGCACCUAUCUGGGCUUGGAAAGAUAGAUUUAUUAGUUUUUGGAAGCAGGGGAAUAAGGGUUACUCCCAAAUACCAAUACCCUUCAGCUGAGAGGAUCUUAGAGGUUUCAGAUUCAGAGUAUGGAAACCCAAGAUUGCCAGGACUGGAAGCAACCAGGCCAGGUGAAAAGCCGAGGGUCGUUGUUCUGGGAACGGGUUGGGCUGCUUGUCGGUUUCUUAAAGGGCUUGACACCAAGAUAUAUGAUGCUGUCUGCAUAUCACCAAGGAAUCACAUGGUCUUCACUCCACUGCUUGCUUCAACUUGCGUGGGAACCUUGGAAUUCCGUUCAGUCGCUGAGCCAGUCAGCCAGAUUCAGACUGCAUUGGCAACAUCGCCUAACUCCUACUUUUACCUGGCUUCUUGCCUAGGAAUUGAUACUGAUAAGCAUGAAGUCUACUGUGAGACAGUUGGGAGUGUUGGACUAGCUCAUCAACCUUACCGAUUUAAAGUUGCAUAUGACAAGCUAGUCAUUGCUACCGGCGCUGAUCCAUUGACUUUCAACAUCAAGGGAGUGAAGGAACAUGCAUUCUUCCUUCGAGAGGUAAAUCAUGCGCAAGAAAUACGGAGGAAGCUUCUUCUCAAUCUGAUGAUCUCUGAGAAUCCUGGUAUAUCAGAUGAAGAAAAGAAGCGUCUAUUACACUGUGUUGUUAUUGGAGGUGGCCCCACUGGGGUAGAAUUUAGUGGUGAAUUGAGUGAUUUUAUCAUGAAAGAUGUUCGUGAGAGGUACUCUCAUGCUAAGGAUGACAUCAGGGUGACCCUCAUAGAGGCAAAUGAGAUCUUGUCAUCUUUUGAUGUAGGACUGCGGCAAUAUGCAAUAAAACAUUUGACCAAGUCUGGCGUUCGACUUAUGCGGGGAGUUGUGAAAGAGGUUCAUGACAAGAAGAUAGUUCUGAGUGAUGGGACUGAUGUCCCAUACGGUCUGCUUGUUUGGUCCACAGGUGUAGGACCAUCAGAAUUUGUAAAAUCACUAAACAUUCCCAAGUCCACUGGUGGAAGGAUAGGUGUUAAUGAAUGGUUGCAAGUUCCUUCUGUGGAAGAUGUAUAUGCGUUAGGGGAUUGUGCUGGUUUUCUAGAAGAGACAGGGAAGCAAGUACUUCCAGCUCUAGCUCAGGUUGCAGAAAGGGAAGGCAAAUAUCUGGUGGGGAUGAUAAACAGGAUUGGGCAACAGAACGGAGGCAGGGCUUUCUGUUCGAAAGGCAUUACCUUGGGUGAGCCAUUUGUUUACAGGCAUCUAGGAAGUAUGGCAUCUGUUGGAAGAUACAAAGCAUUAGUUGAUCUGCGCCAGAGUAAGGAUGCCAAGGGCGUCUCCCAUGCAGGGUUUGUUAGCUGGAUGAUCUGGCGUUCUGCUUAUCUGACACGUGUAAUCAGCUGGAGGAACAGGUUCUAUGUAGCUGUGAACUGGGCAACUACAUUUGUUUUCGGCAGGGACAACUCAAGAAUUGGUUGAUAUGGCAUCAGUGAUUGGAUUAGUUAGGUGCCUCGUGGCUGCUUAUCAAGAUAGUCAUUAAUAUUGGCAUCCUCACUUCUGAUUCUAUUUUUUUUUUGUAAUUACUAUUCAUUUCGCAUAUAGAAUUUAUUCAAUUUAUUGAAGCUGAAUACAUCCUUGAUAGCUCAUAGAAAUUUUGGAACGUGGGUGUAGAGUAGGUAGAAGUGAGGAAGGACAUCAAUGGCAAGAGUAAAACAUGACAAAUUGGAAAGUAUCCGAUGGCAACCAUGUGAUUCCGAUUGACAGAAGGAAAUGGGAAGAGGAAGACAUGUGACGCUUAAAAAAGCGUGCAUCAUACCAAUUCUUUAAUAUCUUAGUCUAAUAGAAGUAAUAAGAUUGUUCUUCAUUUUUUUUUCUUA